AUGUCCUUGCAGAACCUCUGGCACCUCCGCCGCGUCGCUGAGGCCAAUGCCAAAGCUUGCUGGAUCUGCUUCAAGCCCUCCUCAAGCGUCCUCAUCACCCCCGACAGCAAGGACUUUUUCUACAUCUGUCCUGGCCACCUGAAAGACCGUGGCUUUUGCCACCCCGAUGAGGCCGAGGCCGAGGCUCUCGCGGCCAAGAAGAAGAAGGACGAGCUCGACCGCGAGAUUGAAAAGGUUAAGCAGGAGUAUGAGCAGAAGCAGAAGCUGAAGAAGGAGAAACGCAAGGAGAAGGAAAAGGAAAAGGAAAAGGACAAGGAUGCCAAGAAGGAAGAGGAAGAAGAGGACAAGAAGGACCAAAAGGAGCAGGAGGACAAGAUCCAAGCACUGUCCAAGGGUGAGGCAAAAGCUGACGAGGGCCCCCGAGUCUUCGUUCUCCACAAGAACUUUUACCAGAUGCGCAUCAAACGCAUCCGCGACGCGGAAGCAGCCAAGAGGAACCGCGAGCGCCUGUCUAACCCCAACACCUUCCCCUCUGUGCCUACUGGCGAUCCGUAA